CCGGCGGGCAGGGCCGGUGGGGGCGGCGCUCUCAGUCCAGGGCAUUCCCAUCCGCGACAGGGACAUGGAGUCGUGCAACGUGGAACUGAUUUUUGACCACGUGGGACACUUUGGCAAGUUCCAGAUAUUCCUGUAUCUGAUAUGUGCCUACCAGAACAUCUCCUGUGGCAUCCACUACUUGGCUUCUGUGUUCAUGUCGAGUAUCCCCGAGCAUACUUGCAAGCCCCCAGGCAAGAUUCUGAAGGCUGUUUUCCAUAACUUAUCUGCUUGGACGUUGGAGGACGUACUGGCCCUGCGGUCCCCAGACCAGAAAGAUCACAUUACAGUGGAAUUGCAGGAUGGGGAGAUCUGGGAGCUCACAAGAUGUAGCAGGACUUGGAGGGAGAACACGUCCCGUUUGGGCAAUGAGUCCAGUGGCUAUGGGCUCGACAGCCCCUGCUCUGAUGGCUAUGUGUAUGACCAAAGCAAAGGGAGAAAUUCUGUGGUGGAAAGACUGAACCUGGUCUGCGACCGGAAAUGGUAUGCAUACAUGAUCCAGCCCUUGUUUAUAUGUGGCGUGAUGCUGGGAUCAAUUACUUUUGGCUACGUUUCUGACAGGUUUGGAAGACGGGUGGUUCUGUGGUCCACGAGCAUCUGUGUGUUCUUUUUUGGAAUAGCGUCCAUCUUUAUAUUUGAUUAUUUCAGCUUCAUGGCGGUACGCUUUUUCCUUACCAUGGCUACAAGUGGCUAUUUUGGGGUGGUCUUUGUCUACGUGAUGGAGUUCAUCGGCAAGAAGUCUCGCACAUGGGCAUCCAUGCAUCUGAAUACCUUCUUUGCUAUUGGAGUAAUGCUGGUGGCUUUGGUAAGCUCCAUGGCCAACGCCUGGUGGCUUUAUCAGAUCAUCCUGUGCAUAGUGACCACCCCUUUCAUCCUGUGUUGCUGGAUGCUCCCAGAGACCCCUCUCUGGCUGCUCUCAGAGGGAAGAUACAACGAAGCGCAAGGGGUCAUCGAUACCAUGGCCAUGUGGAAUGAAUCCAGCCGCUGUGACCUGGAAGAACUUUUAUCACUGGACAUGAGUAGUGCCUGUGAUCAAAGCUGUGCAGGCGUCAGGAAACUCAGCCUAGGAGAUCUGUUUCAUGACCGGAAUGUUUCAAGAAGGACUCUCGCUGUUUGGCUGGUUUGGUUCACAGUAAAUUUCGGAUACCACGUAUUUUUCAUGGAGGCUAUUCAGGGAAAGGAAAAUGAGUACCUGUACCUCUUCCUAGUGGGUGCUAUGGAAAUUCCCGCCUACUUAUUUAUGUGCCUCUGUUUGGAGAGGGUGGGGAGAAGAUACACCAUGGCCUCCUGCCUGUUGCUGGCCUCCUUCAUCUGUGCCAUGUACGUGGCCAUGCCCCGGGGUCACAAGACUUUGAAGACAGUGGCGGUUGUGGUUGUCAAAACUACUGUAGGGGCAGUGUUAGCCUUCCUUUUCACCUACACAGCAGAGCUGUAUCCCACAAUCGUAAGGUGUUUGGCUGUGGGGAGCAGCAGCAUGGUGUCACGACUGGCAAGCUUCAUCAUCCCUCUCACCAAACAAGUCUGGAUCCCCCUGCCACAGAUUUUGUUUUGGAUUCUGGCCAUACUGAGUGGACUGUCGUCGCUGAGGCUCCCGGAAACCCUCAACAAACCCUUGGCAUCUACCUGGGAGACAACUGAACAACAGGCGCCAGAAAACAAGGCCGACGCAGACGAAGCCCCUCCCACAGCCGAGAAGGGCGGUUCAGACGAAGCCCCUCCCACAGCCGAGAAGGGCGGUUCAGAUGAAGCCCCUCCCACAGCCGAGAAGGGUGGUUCAGACGAAGCCCCGCCCACAACUGAGACCCCUGCAAAGGAAAACAGGAAAGUGAUGAUCCACCCAAAGCUGAGAAGCCUGCGACGGAAAAGACGGAAGUGAUUAAUCUGGGGGAUCCUGAUGGUGAUCAAUAAGUCUUACAUGGCACCCAGCACUUGGGAUGUUGACGUCUGCGACUUUCUGUUAGAGAGGUCCUGGGUAUCUGCAUAAAAUAUGUUGUGAGAAAGUUUGAAACAAUUGUUUUGUAAAAGUCAGUGAAAUAUAAACCGGUAUGAGAAUUCUA